CGCAACCGCCAUGCGAUAUGCUGUUCUCGUUACGGGUCCAGCAGGAGCUGGAAAAUCGACGUUCUGUCGGUCGUUUAUGACCCAUCUUCAAGCUGCAAAGCGGACAGGGCAUCUUGUCAACCUUGAUCCAGCUACUGACCCCGAGUCAUUUGAGUACGAGCCGAGCAUAGACAUUCGCGAUCUCAUUAGUCUGGAGGAUGUCAUGAGUGAGCUUGGAUAUGGGCCGAAUGGGGGAUUGUUGUAUUGCUUCGAGUAUCUUCUAAGUAACAUGGACUGGUUCGAGGAGGAAAUCGGCGAUUACGACAACGAUUAUCUUAUUUUUGACUGUCCUGGUCAGAUCGAACUCUACACGCACCACCGGUUCUUCCCCACCCUCGUGUCCAACCUAAGCCGCCUUGGGAUUCGUACAUGCGCAGUGUACCUCAUCGAAUCUCAAUUCAUGGAGGACAAGUACAAGUUCUUCAGUGGCGUAUUGUCCGCUAUGUCUUCAAUGGUGAACCUCGAGGUCCCGUGGAUUAAUAUUAUGACGAAAAUGGAUCUAGUGACUGGAAAUGCGAAUGACCCGAGUGCGGGGCGAAAUGGUAUUCGCAAGCGUCGGAACAUUGCGAGAUACCUUGACCCCGAUCCGCUGCUGUUAGCAACAACCCCUGGGCAGGCAGAUAACUCGAAUCCGCGAUUUCACUCUCUAAAUCAGGCAAUUGUACAGCUGAUUGAGGAACACCCUUUAGUGUCGUUCCUUCCUUUAGAUCUAACGUCCACGGAGUCGCUUGAAAAUAUCGUGUCGCAUGUAGACUAUGUGAUGCAGUAUGGAGAAGACGAAGAACCCAAAGAGCCGCAUGAUCUAGACGAAGGAGAUUUUGCGGACAUGGAAUAAAAAUAGGGAAUAGGUGAUCAAUCCUACCACCCUCGUUCUCUUCUACGGAUGCAUCUAUUACCUGUGGACGGGGCUUCCGGCGGGCAUCGAGACGGUUCUGAGAGUAAAUUGCAUAUGGAAGGGGAUAGAAUUCGGAAGUUGAUAAAAUUGUAAAGUAGGUUUUUAGGAAGUGGAGAGGCUCCGUAUGACUCUACUAUGAGCGCCAUCUGCUUCCUGUCGUGUGUUAUUCCGCUGUUGAAUUGAUUCCCUCCUCGGCCGCCUUAUGACCCCCAUUGUGCAUCUUAUGAUC